GCCGUUUUUGGAAUUUACGUCGGUUGCUUCGGUCCAGGAUCCAGCAGACUAGUUGUCAAGGAAAAAUUGGUUUUAAAAGAAGAUCUCCACCCUGCGCUUAAGAGAACUUUUCUGACGAGAUCUCACCAUUGCUCGCUGCUCCAUUUUCAGUCCCAGCCUGUUAAUGACCCACACCCUGAAAUUUAGGUAAGGUCCCUACGUGACCUCAGUUCACGUUGACAAUGACAGCCGCCCGGUUGCAUUGCCCAUGAAUUAGUGUCGGUUGUACACCGCGAAAACCUAUAUCUACCUGUUGCUAUUGCUAAUCACAUGUCGAUGUAGAACAAGCCUACUUCUAUUCCUAAAGAGCAAGUCAGACACUUGUUUGUUCGUAUGACCACGCACGCAACCAACGCGAUGUUGUAUUUAGCCCCAACCCGAUUCCUCAUCCCCCCGGCACGUUCAUCUUCUUGCGCAAAAGAUGUCGCCUGUCGUGGUCUUCGCGGAAGUUCUCCAGCGUGCUUUGCAACUGGAGCCGCAUCUACCGGUGCUGUCUCACCGGCAAGCGCAAGAGGAUACAGCAGCAGUAGCUCCUCCUCCUCUUCGUCCUCCUCCAGCACAACAACUAAACCGCACACGUCGACAACAUCUACUUCUAAGCCCGAAUACAUUAUUGUGGGUGGCGGCAGUGCGGGUUGCGUGGUUGCGCACCGGCUGGCCGAAGCGGGGAAGAAGGUUUUACUACUCGAAGCGGGCAGAUCCGACCGGGGUUCGUGGGACAGCUGGAAGGUGCACAUGCCGUCGGCGCUCGCGUUCAACAUCAGCGAAAAGAAAUACAACUGGGACUUCCACACCGUGCCGCAAAAGCGGUUGAACAACCGCGAACUGCACCAGCCGCGGGGCAAAACGCUGGGCGGGAGUUCUGCGAUCAACGCGAUGGCCUACGUCCGCGGCCACCCGGAAGACUACGAGCGGUGGGCGAGAGAGCUAAAAACGGACUUCUGGAAGUACCAAAACGUCCUGCCGUACUACAAAAGACUGCAGCGGCACAGCGGCGAAAAGACGGACUUUCGCGGGAAGGACGGGGUGUAUUUAGUUUGUCAAAAGCAGUCGCCGGAAACGAAAGAAUUGAACGAGGCAUUCGUAUCCGCAGGAGCGGAAGCCGCCGGGUACGGCAGAACGGAAGAUCAGAACGGGUAUGAUUUUUGGGGAAAAAUCUUUUGUAGAAGUUGAUCUUACAUCAAAAUUCUUUAGCACAAGUUGCGUACACGCGUACUACGGGUAAUGGAGCAGGAGCUUCCAGAUAACGAUGAUGAAGUGUGCUUUUUCAUUCUGGUAGAACUACAUAUGAAAGUUCGUUGUGCAGUAGUACGACCUUUACGUGAUGUUGCAAUAAAUGUUGACCCACAAAUAACCAUAAUUCAUGAUCAGGUUCCGCCAGGAGGGUUUCGGUCCCAUGGACAUGAGCGUGAAUUUCGAAACCGGGGAAAGGAUGACCACGGCAAACGCUUAUUUGCGGAAAGGGUACACGGACGAGCAAAUCCUCAAAAACGUGGAUAUCCAGGUGACCGCCGAGGUCUCCCGGCUGCUUUUUCACAACAAUAAUCCCGGAACUUCUAAGGAGCCCGUGGUUCGCGGCGUAGAAACGAUAUCCGCCAACGGCGAUAUCCAGCGCUUCACCACCGACGGCGAGGUGAUUCUCUGUGCGGGCGCGGUGGGGUCCUCGAAACUAUUGCAGCUCUCCGGCAUUGGGGACGGGGAUCACUUGAAAAAGUUGGACAUCGACUGUGUAGCGCACUUGCCCGAUGUUGGGAAAAAUAUGCAGGACCACUUGGAAUUCUACCUGCAGUACAAGUGCCGAAAGCCGGUGUCUCUGUACCCCUACGCGUCGACGUUUUCCUUUUCGAAGUACGCGUUUCGGCAGCCGACAAAAGCGGCGGUGGCGGGGCUGCAGUGGCUCCUGCAGGGAUCAGGGGUAUCUAGAGAAAGUAGACCUCGUCGUCCUGGCGAUAAUUCUAUUUCUUAGACAGAGUUCUCGUCGAAGUACUACGUUGUAAGCUGGAGCAAACAGCGUGAAAUUUUGAAAAAAAAAGCCAUCAUACGUGAACAGGACCAAAGAUCUUCAUGUCACUCAGACACAAUUUCCACACUAGAACAGCAGCGAACCUCCAACUUAAACUUUCUUCCAGGUCUGCGCCAGCAAUCACUUCGAAGUGGGUGGCUUCAUCCGUUCCACCAAGGACGUGCCCCACCCGGACAUUUAUCUCGUGUAAAAGCAUCCCCACCCCAGAGUUGUCAUGCAGAUUUGCAAAGACAGGAAGACUUGUAAUGCGCAUCCCCAUGAGAGCCAUUUCCAAUUGUGUUCUGGAAUUUGUGAUGCUGUGAACAGGAUGGGCAGAUGAAUCUGUGAUGCGGCUGCACUUGCUAAACUGCACUACACUACAGCCUGCAAUUUGUCAUGCGUGGCUCCCAAAACUUCAAGGCUUGUGUUGCAAAAUCCCCUACUUUACUCUGGGGUGGGGACGUUUUUCAUUAGGAUAACACUCAGUUUCACUUCAUCCCGGGCAUCGUUGUUGGGCAAUCGGACUUCCUCCCCGUAUCAACUGCAAAAAUGUCUGGGUCUCGAGGAUGCAACUUGUGAUGCGUCCUGUGGAUCACACAAAAAUCUGUCUUGCGUGAUCGCCAAAAGUUGCCCUUUUCUGACCACCAACAUGAGAGGAAGUCAAGUUUCUCAUGCGGGACAUGCACGAUAGAGACCUCGCAGAAUCUGUUAUGCUAGGCCCUGGAUUCCAGACCUCACGGGGCAUGGAAAUUCUGCAUGCCAAGUUUGGAUCCUUCCAGACCCAGACAUAUUUGCAUUUGAUACUCCGAGCACGGCUACCAGGCGCACGUCGGCACGAUGCGGCCGACCAGCAAGGGGUCCUGUUUGAUUCAAAGCAAGAAACCGUCCGAGCCUUGCUUGAUCGACCCAAAUUUUCUCGACACGGAGAAGGACCGACAGGACCAGCGGAACGCGUUUCGCCUGGGUGCGGAGAUCAUGGAGCAUUUUGCCGAGGAGCUGAAGCUGGACGCCUUCAAUUUUGACCCGAACAACUGGAAGGACGAGGAAAUCGAUGCGUUUUUACGGUCUCAGACCCACAGCGGGUAUCACUUAUCCUGCACAAACCAGAUGGGGAAAGUUGUGGACGCAGAAACGGCGAACGUUUUUGGCGUGUCGAACUUGCGGGUUAUCGACGCGAGUAUUUUUCCUUCCAUGACAAGCGGAAAUCUGAACGCGCCGACCAUUAUGGUGGCGGAGAAAAUGGCGGAUGCGGUGCUUGGGAAGAAGCCGCUGGAAAGUUUAGGAAAAGUGGAGUGGUGGAAAGCACCGGUCGGGAAGAAACAGAGGGGGGAGGCGUGA